CGCCGGGGGGACUGUUUGCUCCUUCGGGCUGUAGAUGGAGCUGUCCGGCCCCGGCGAGGGGGAAGGCGCCCGGAGAACGUUCUUCUUCUCCCUGGCCGGCCCGAGCGAGCGGGGAACAGCACUCCCAGGAUGCAGUUUGUGUCCACACGGCCGCAGCCGCAGCAGCUGGGCAUCCAGGGCCUGGGGCUGGACGGCGGGAGCUGGAGCUGGGCGCAGGCCCUGCCCGCGGAGGAGGUCUGCCACCAGGACCCGGCGCUGCGCGGGGAAAUGGCCGAGGGGAUGCCGCCCAUGCAGGCUCAAGAAUGGGACAUGGAUGCCCGGCGGCCUAUGCCUUUCCAGUUCCCGCCCUUCCCAGACAGAGCGCCCGUCUUCCCCGACCGCGUGAUGAGAGAGCCCCAGCUGCCCACGGCCGAGAUCUCCCUCUGGACCGUGGUGGCCGCCAUUCAAGCCGUGGAGAGGAAGGUGGAUGCCCAGGCCAGCCAGCUGCUCAACCUGGAGGGACGGACGGGGACGGCCGAGAAGAAGCUGGCCGACUGCGAGAAGACGGCCGUGGAGUUCGGGAACCACAUGGAGAGCAAGUGGGCCGUGCUGGGGACCCUGCUGCAGGAGUACGGCCUGCUGCAGAGGCGGCUGGAGAACAUGGAGAACCUGCUGAGGAACAGGAACUUCUGGGUCCUGCGGCUGCCCCCGGGCAGCAAGGGGGAGGUCCCCAAGGUUCCGGUGACUUUUGUCGACAUCGCUGUGUACUUCUCUGAGGACGAGUGGAAGAACUUGGACGGAUGGCAGAAGGAGCUUUACAACAACCUCGUGAAGGAGAACUACAAAACCCUCAUGUCCCUGGACGCAGAGGGCCCUGGGCCCAAGCCGGAGGCCCCGUCCCAGGCAGAGCCCCGGGAAGAGCCUUGCGUGUGGGAGCAGCGGAACCCGGAAGAGAGAGAGAUCCUGAUGGAUCCUGACACAGGACCGGAGCCCCUGGUGCCCGCACAAGACUCGUCUCAGGUGAAGCGUGAGGAAGCCCUGUGCGCCCGGGGUCCGCGGGGCCUGGAGGAGAGAGCUAUCCCCACGGAGUCUAUCACCGACUCGCCAGCCUCUGCCCAGGACCUCCUGUCCCGAAUCAAGCAGGAGGAGAACCCGUGCGUGUGGGAUCAGCAGGACUUGGCAGAGAGAGAUAUUCCAACGGACCCCAAUUCAGAGUCUCUGAUCUCAGCACAUGACAUUUUGUCAUGGAUCAAGCAGGAGGAGCAGCCGUACCCGUGGGGCCCUCGAGACUCGAUGGAAGGAGAGCUGGGAUUGGACUCUGGCCCCAGUGACAACCUGCUGCUGGUGAAGAACCCGGCCCCAGCCCAGCCGCCCCAGCCCGCUCCGCCGAGCCUGCCCCCCGCUCCGGUGGCCGAGAACGCGGGCGGCGCCCUGGGCCGGAGCGCCGCGGGGCUGCUGGACGACGGCUUCCCCGCGCUGGCCGGGGAGCGGGGCGCGGCGGGCGGGGCGCAGGCGGGCGGCGGCGGGGGCGCGGGCGGGGGCCCCGGGGGCGGCGGGGGCUGCGGCAGCUGCUGCCCGGGUGGCGGGCUCCGGCGGGGGCUCCUGCAGGGCGCGCGCAACAAGCCCUACUCGUGCCCCGAGUGCGGCAAGAGCUUCGGGGUGCGCAAGAGCCUCAUCAUCCACCACCGCAGCCACACCAAGGAGCGGCCCUACGGGUGCGCCGAGUGCGAGAAGAGCUUCAACUGCCACUCGGGCCUCAUCCGCCACCAGAUGACGCACCGCGGCGAGCGGCCCUACAAGUGCUCCGAGUGCGACAAGACCUACAGCCGCAAGGAGCACCUGCAGAACCACCAGCGGCUGCACACGGGCGAGCGGCCCUUCCAGUGCGCGCUGUGCGGCAAGAGCUUCAUCCGCAAGCAGAACCUGCUCAAGCACCAGCGCAUCCACACGGGCGAGCGGCCCUACACGUGCGGCGAGUGCGGCAAGAGCUUCCGCUACAAGGAGUCGCUCAAGGACCACCUGCGGGUGCACAGCGGGGGCCCCGGCCUGGGCGCCCCGCGGCCCCUGCAGGCGCCGCCCGACCGGGACUAGGGCUGGGCCGGGGGAGGGAAGGCCGGCAGCUGCGGCGGCGGGCGCGGGGGUGCGGAGGGCCUGGGGGCGGCCUGACCACCCUCCAUCCUGCCGAUCGUGCCGCGGCUCCCGUGCGCCUUCCUUCCCUCCGCCUGCCGCCCGCUGGAAAUCGGGAACAGGAAUUGCACUCUAAACAGGGUCCCCCAGCGUUGGACAGGGGUCCCCCUAGACCUGUCCGGCCUGAAUGAACGGCCCAGCUCAUCUCAGAGGUGGCUCAAGGGGCCGGCUGCGCGGCUUCCCCGCAGGGAAAGUGCAGGAGGGGCAGCGAGGAGGCCGGAGGCUGCCCGCCCGCCCCUCAGACACCCGGAGUGCCCACUUGGCCACUGGGGUCUCAGAUUGUGAUCAUGGGAAGCAACCAGGGGGUCUCGGAAGCCCGAGACCGGGAGAUCGGGUCCCAAGGCUGACAUGCUGCAAGAGGAAGCCAAGGCGUGGCCGAGCCGAGGGAUGUGCUAAGGGAUACCACCACCUCCACGACGACAACACUGCCUCGCGUUUGAAUAGCGCUUUCUACUUUUUUAAACGUGUUUUCUAUCCGUUACCUAUUCUUGCCCUUAGCCUAUCCCUCUGUGGCAGGUGGGGGUAGGGUUUGCCUGAUUCGGUAACCAAGGAGAGGCGCAGGCCAGGUGGUUUAGCCCAGAUGACAGGAGAAGGGCGGCAGAGCUGGGACCAGGCUCCUGACCCAGCGCAGUGUCCCCACCGCACUCACUGCCUACCUCCCACAUCUGAGACAGACCUCGCUGGCCCUGCCUCUCCCGGUCUCUCUCCCUGGCCCCCGACCCACCAAACAAUCAGAAGCCACUGGGGACAGUUCGUUGGGUUACGGGGAGUGGGGUACAGAUCGCCUCAGGUUAUGCUUCUGAAAGGCGCUUCCUCUGUGGGCACUUUUGGGGUCCAGGACCCGUCCCCCGGCCCAUCCCUCCCACCUCUAGUCCCUCAACCUGGUGCAACCCAUCUUGUUACUACACCGUAGUGACCCGGCCCUCCGGAGGCAGCUGGUGCCCUGGGUCCGAGCUCACCCUGACGAUCUAUUCCAGUUUCCCCAGAGCCACAGGGUGAGAGCAAGGCUCAUGCUGCAGGGGCCGCCAUCGAGGAAGCGCAUCUCUUCCCAGGAGGGCCGGGCAGUGGGUGCUGGAGGCCGAGAGCCUCCGUCUCUCUCCUGCCCUGAGCCUCCCAACCGGUGCUAUCUGUUACUGACCAUGCUCACGGACAUGGACGUGGACACAGACCUCCUCUGCUCCAGACCCUGCAGGCGCCUCAGGAGGCGCCCAAAGGACUCCCUUGUGUUGGUGCAAUGCUCCGUGGUCCCGCGGGGCCACCGUCUCCAUUUCUGCGUCUUGCAUGGCCAGGCACUGGGGUGGGGUGGCAUGCCCCAGUUACCCUCAUUUGUGUUGAGAAUGACUUUUUCUGCUCCGCCCGUCCACCCCACUUCUCUCCGGUCCGUCCGGGAGCACGGUGGGCAGCCUGCACCUGGCACCACGUUUGUGAGCGCUCUGCUUCCUCCCUCACCUGCACCGCUUGGCUUUCCUCAGACCCCUGUUUGCCAUGCAAAGGGAAUUCCCGAAAUUAAAUAAAAGGUGUCCAGAUCGCA